GGGACAUCUGAGCCUUGUGGUCUCCUGGGGGUGGAGUCAGGAAAGGAAUGGCUGUUAGGGGUUAACCGAAGGAUGCGAGGGGUGUGAGAGGCCAGGUCGGGGGUGUGCAGAGGAAGAACGUGAGCCCUUGUGACGCGCAGCAGGGACUUAAGACCGGCGACGAGGCUCCCGUCCUGAAACCACAUUCAGAUCCACCGCAGGAAAAUCGCGGGUGCGCAGUGCUACAACUACGCCUGCGCCGCCGCCAGAGCCCGACUACCUUUAGCAAGGAGACAGAGGCUGAGUGGGUGGUGACGAUCGGGAUUCCGGAAGCCCACCUUUCACCCGGAAAUGAUUGCGGAGGAACAUGGCGUUGCUGGUGCGAGUCCUUAGGAACCAGACUAGCAUCUCCCAAUGGGUUCCAGUAUGCAGUCAACUGGUAUCAGUGUCUCCUACCCAACGACAGUGGAGCAAGACUCUGUCCAGCACUUCCCAGUGGCUCCACAAGAACCGGGCUGGAAUGUGUGGGGGAUCAGAACAGAGUGCUGGAAUGGACACACCACAGAGGAGGAAAUACCACAACACAAGUAAGCUUCCUAAUACCCAAGAUCCCCCACAGCCUGUGGAGGAGAAGGUCGGUCCCUUCACGAAGAUGAUAGAAGCCAUGGGAUUCACCGGACCUUUGAAAUACAGUAAAUGGAAGAUCAAGAUCGCGGCCCUCCGCAUGUACACCAGCUGUGUGGAGAAAACUGACUUCGAGGAAUUUUUUCUGAGGUGUCAGAUGCCUGAUACAUUCAACUCCUGGUUUCUUAUAACCUUGCUUCACGUCUGGAUGUGUCUAGUGCGAAUGAAGCAGGAAGGCCGGACUGGAAAGUACAUGUGCCGGAUCAUAGUUCAUUUCAUGUGGGAAGAUGUGGAGCAGCGAGGCCGAGUCAUGGGGGUUAAUUCCUAUAUCCUAAAGAAGAACAUGGCCCUCAUGACAAACAAUUUCUAUGCAGCAAUCUUGGGAUACGAUGAGGGGAUCCUUUCAGACGACCAUGGCCUGGCUGCUGCGCUCUGGAGAACCUUCUUCAACCAGAAAUGCGAAGACCCUCGACAGCUAGAAUUGCUGGUGGAGUAUGUGAGGAAACAGAUGCAAUACCUGGAUUCCAUGAAUGGUGAGGAUUUGCUGCUGACAGGGGAAGUGAGAUGGCGCCCUCUGGUGGAGAAGAACCCACAGAGCAUCUUGAAGCCCCAUGCUCCUACUUACAAUGAUGAGGGUCUUUGAGAGGCUGGUCCCUCGCCUGACGGACAGCUGGCUGGCUGGCUUUGAGGAACCUCCAUGGAAGAAGUGCCUGUUGGCCUCAGGACCCUGAAGAAGGUGUCCUGAAGUGACUUUUGAACAGUAUCUCUUGAAUACUCUGCCCAUUCGUGUUGAGUUCUUCCUGAGGCCAGGAGUCUGAUCUGGUAGGAGUACUGCUGGGAGGUCCUCUUGCUCUUCUGACAUGUUCCCUCCCUCAAGAGAAGCCUCCAGCACACUUCCCCAGUCCCCUCAGCAGGAUGGCUAGGUUAGGAAGGGGGUGCCCUCACCUAGGCCCCUGGGCCUCGAGCAGUUGAUAAUGUUCCUAAGUCAAGGCAGGUAACCAUAUACUGUUCCCCCUCUGUGAGCCAUGGGGUUCAAGUAGCCAUUAAAAAGAGAGACUUAUUUCUGCCAUGUUUUUUCUUUGUUCCAAGGUCUUUUAGAAACAUAGUUAAAGCCCGGUGUAGUGAUGCAUGUCUUUAAUCCAAGUAUUUGGGAGGCAGAGGCAGGUGAGUCUAUGAGUCCGAGGCCUGCCUGGUCUACAGAGUGAAUUUCAGGGUAGCCAGAGUUACACAGAGAAACCCUGUCUUGAAAAACCAAGAGAAAAGAAAAGUGUAGGUGAGACUGCAUUUUUCCAAGCUCAGGAAAUAACUCCAGCUCAGUUAGAGGCAGCAGGAGGAGGAGAGGAGGUCAGAGGCUCUCUGUUGCUACCCCCGACUCCAGGUCACAGAGAGGAGUCACUGUCUGGGCAAGGCACAGUCUGCCAGACACGUUCUCUGGGAUCCAGGAGGUCUCUGAGGACCAAGGGGCUUGUCACAUCCUAAGUCAUUUAGAAAGAACAAAAGUCCCUUUGUCACCCACAGUGAACUGGGGAAGGAACACACUCUCUCUCCUCACUUGGCCUCCCUUUACCUAAGAUACCAUGGCGCGUUGGUACCAUCCCAAGCCGCAGCCCAGUGUCUACCCCCUCCCCAACUUCUAAGCAUGUGCUGUAAUGAGAACUCGAGGGGCCUUUUCUCUCUGGGCACUUGAGGGGUCUGUUCUCUCUUCCCUGAGAGUUUGGGCCAUCUCUUGGAAGGUUUUCUGAAAUUGAGGAAAGGGGGUGGGGACCGUCUCACCUCUCCCUUCCCCCACCCAGCUUCCUUCAUUGAACUUGCUAUAAAAUGAGUCAUAUGAAGAAACCCUAUACUGUGAGGUAUGCGCAACUUGUGUGAAAACAUUACAAAUCACGCCGCCUUCUCAGUUUAUUUAAGAUGCUUUUGUUGCAAGCGGGGCUCUGGAGUGAGGCGUCCUCUGUGAGUAUGAGAUAAUAGCACCUUGUAACUCAUUACAUCUGGGCACUAUUUACAUAAACCAGAGGCGAGCCAGGCAGGGAUUUGCUGAUUAAUUUAUUUUUAAUGGACUGAAGUAUGCCAUGCACCAAAAUAAACUUUACUGUGUGUACCUAA